AUGUGAAGUUUAGACUCACCUGUGCUAAAAAAAAUACUAUGUUUUUGCGAAUAUUUUCUUAUACAAGAAAUUGAAGAUUAUUCAAAUUGUAUUAAGAUUGAUAUAGUUAUUUGGCAAACAUAUCUUAUGGGAUUCAAUUAAAGAAAACAAUCUAUUAGGCAUGAUAUUUUCACAUUCGAGAGACAUUGCUAGCCGAGUCAAAAUUUAUUAUUACAAACAAGUAUUUGAAUUUCAUGUUCCACAAAUAUAGAAUCCAAAACAGAACCUUUCACAUUCGCACCCCAAAUCUUCCUUUUCUCUCCGACCCAUUUCAUCCAUGGCUGAAGAAUUUGUCAAAGGCACCGUUAAUUCUAAUGGCGUCGCCGUUCUCACCCUCGAUCGCCCCAAAGCUCUCAACGCCAUGAACCUAGAUAUGGAUGUAAAGUAUAAAAGUUAUCUUGAUGAAUGGGAAUCAGACCCAAAAGUCAAAUGUGUUCUGGUUGAUAGCAGCUCCUCUCGCGCCUUUUGUGCCGGUAUGGAUAUUAAAGGGGUUGUUGCUGAAAUACAGAAGGACAAAAGCACACCUUUAGUACAGAAGGUCUUCACAGCUGAGUAUUCUUUGAUAUGCAAAAUUUCUGAGUACACGAAACCAUAUAUUAGUUUCAUGGAUGGAAUAACAAUGGGUUUUGGAAUUGGCUUAUCUGGUCAUGGCCGCUAUCGUAUUGUUACAGAGAGAACUGUUCUUGCCAUGCCAGAAAAUGGAAUUGGCUUGUUCCCAGACGUAGGGUUUGCCCACAUAGCAGCUCAAAGUCCAGGAGAAGGAGCUGUUGGUGCUUAUCUUGGAUUGACUGGAAAUAGGAUUUCUACUCCAUCAGAUGCAAUAUAUGUUGGCCUUGGAACACAUUACGUGCCAUCGGGAAAGUUAGGCUCAUUCAAGGAGGCCCUUUUGGCAACACACUUUUCUCAGGAUCCCCACCAGGACAUCAAAGUACUUUUAGCAAGAUACGAGUCAAACCCAGAUUCUGAGGCACACUUGAAGUUGCUUUUACCUCGGAUAAUUUCUUCAUUUGGAAGAAAUAAAUCUGUUACUGAGAUCAUUAAGGAUCUAAAACUACACCAGUCAAGCACUGAUUCUAAUGUUUCUGAGUGGGCUAAUGAAGCUCUCCAAGGCCUCGGAAAAGGUGCUCCCUUCUCCCUUUUCUUGACCAAUAAGUACUUUUCUGCAGUUGCCUCUGCCGUAGGAAAAGGCAACGGUGAAUUAUCGACGCUUACUGGCGUAAUGAAAACUGAGUAUCGCAUUGCCUUGAGGUCUUCACUGCGACAUGAUUUUGCUGAAGGUGUUCGAGCAGUAUUGGUGGAUAAAGAUCAGAACCCGAAGUGGAAACCAUCGAGGUUGGAGGAAGUUGAUCCGAGUGAGGUUGAAACUGUCUUUAAACCAUUAGGAGCAGAGGCGAGGGAGUUGACCGUGUAGUUUUCAAAGGAAAGCUUUCAUUUUCAUUGAAUGCAUAAGUGAAUUGUAUGAAACUGCUUCAAAUAAACAGACGUGUUAUCAUUAGGUCCUGCGUCUGGUGUUGCUUGUAUCGUUGUCAUCAUUGAUACUGUAACAUAAAAUCUAUGAUCUUGGAAAUCAAAGGACAAUGUUGCUUCUA